CUGCUCCGUCAUCUGCAUCAUCCACGUCGUCCUCCAUCCACGUGGAAGCACUUGGAAGCAGUUAGGCGUCCUUCUUCCGCGUGCUCUUUCGUCACCGGCAACCUUCGUUUACCUUGUCGUUGAUUCCGAUUUGUGGACUAGAUGCCCCCACGGGGCGCCUUUGCGAGGGGCAGGAAAGAUGGCGUGGGGGGCGACGGUGGGGAAACCAACAAAGGAAGAGGCCACAUACCGAAGUCGAAAAGGCAGCGCAUCGAUAACGCCAGCUCCUCACAAACUGAUGACUUCCUCGCUGACGAAGUGGCUAUGGUGGACGAGCAAGGGACGACAGGGGUCACAAGGUUGGGUUUCGGGCGGGAUGGAGUGGCGAGGGAGCAGCUGCAAGCACUGAAACGCAGCAUUGUUGGCGGUGCUUCCGGGACGGUGCCAAGGACCCCAAACACGGCAGGUGUUGUCGUCACGGGCGUGCUGGUCGCGGGACAACUUUUGCUGGCGGCAGGCCAAGGUCAGCCACGUCAGCCACUCCCCCUGCAACACGUGUUGGCAUCAAGGGGAGGGCACAUGGCGACCGCGCAAAAGGGUGACACGACGGCUAGCGCCAGUCGGGCGGCGGCGGCAGAUCACACAGCUAAAGGCGGGGUCGUCGAAGGUGCGAAAGGGGAGGGGGUCGAAGACGUUGGCCGUGACGAUGGCCGAAAAGACGGAAAGCGGGAAGGCAACGACGAUGAUGACCGUCCACUUCUGCCGAGGGGGAAGGGAGCGCCGAAGGAGGACGACCUGGAAGAGAAGGCCAAGUUGUGGGUUGAUUGCGACGCUUUGUGGGACGCAGGAGCUGAGCUGCCACCGAUGCUCAUCAUGCCGCCGAAUGACGUGUCGCGCUUCAAGAUCGACGACCCGGCGCAGCGUGAUCCUGCUCUCCGCAGAGCGCGCAGCGUGGAGAGAGUAGUGCUGCGCACCAUCCACGGUUGGAUCUUUAAAUCGCAGUCGAGGUCGACUGGCUUCUCUCGUGCAGAGUCCUACAUGACCGCCGACUUCGCCACGGACCUCGCACAAGCAGUUUGGCAGGCCUUGGAAUGGUCGAGAGUGGUAUCCCCUGCACUCGUCUACCACACGUUGGCGAUGAAGAUGGACGUGCCUCUGUGGUUCGCGGGGGUGAAGAUUGAGGACCGCCCAGAAGACGACGACAUGGCGGCGCGGCAGGAGGCGACAAUUCUUCUGUUGGCGGAGUGCAGGACAGAUGCGAUCUGGUGCGGACAGUGGGCGGAUGGCGGGUGCGUAAAACAGGAGAGGUUGUCCAGGCUGGCGGACAGUCUGCGAGCGUUGUUGUGCACGGUCAUGUGGAUCAUGCGCAUGGGAGGUGACGACGACCGAUCGCAUUACGAGGCAUGGUCGUACGCGUCCAUGGUCGCGAAACCGACGAUGAUAGCAGCGGGGUCGUACAUCUUCAACUGGCGCCGACACGUGGUGGACUCCGCCAACCUCAUCCUCGAUUGUCUAGGGAAGGCCCACCUGACGCUGGGAGAUUACCCUCAAUGCAUUCCGGAAUGGUGUGAUUGUGGGUUGGCGUUCGGGCACAACGCUGCCCUGAAGAACGCGGCGGAGGCCGCAAAACACGGGUGGAUCGGCAGCGGGCCCGCGGCGGACGACGAUGGAGAUGAUGGCAAGUGACACGUCAUCUCGAGCAGAUGGCAGCGGGUUGGUUCGCAUCGUCGGCGCUUCGUCG